AUGUCAUUAAAUUCACCACAACCCCAAGUCAAGAAGGAGCCUGCGGUAAAAGAAGAGCCUGGUACUAGCCAGAGCGAGAUAUGGCAGACCAUACCAUUGAAAUCGAGCGGUCCUGAAGAUUUCGAUGAACAUGUUCGAAUACAUGUUAUGAAACUUGCCUCCAAAAAUGAUGUGGAUAUAGUGAGCGAUUUUGAAAAACCCGUGAGGCUACAUAGGAAGGAUCCAAGGAAUAUGCAGUAUCAUCUUACACGUCAGGAAUUAGACCAAAGAAAGAGAGAAAAAGAGGAAGCUGAAAAAAAACGGUUAGAGGAGGAAGAAGCAAAAGAAGAAGCAGGUGGGGAGACCGUGAAAUCCAAUGGUAAAGAGCUGUCGGAGAAUAGUACUACUAAUGCUGGUAGUAAGGACAAGGCAUUCCCAGAGCAGCCCAAGUAUAAUAAGAACCAAGCUGACAUGUCACAAGUGGCCCCUGAUGGAGGCGCACGGAAAAGCAAAAAGAAUUUAUUCAAGAGGAAAACUAGACAAGUUAACCUAAUGGACGAAGGCAAAAGGAAAUUGAGAUACGAAGAGCAUUAUCCCUGGGUGAUUGAAGACUAUACCGGAAAAAACGUUUAUGUGGGUAACUAUGAAGCAGGAUCAACGGAGCUGCUGCAUGUUCUUUUUGUCUUUGAUAAGGAUGGCUUCAAGAUGAUUCCUGCAGAAAAAGUAUAUCGAUUCACACCAAGAAAUAAGUAUGCCACAUUAACUUUAGAAGAGGCGGAAGCAAAAAUGGAGAAAAACUCUAGUCUGCCGAGAUGGUUAAUGAAGCAUAUGGAAAAUGAAUCAAUAGCAUCAGGAUCGUAUGAUCAGAGAUUUAGAAACAAUUCGCUUUCAGCCAAUGGGCGAGUAAUAAGCGAGGCAGGAGGAGGGCAACAACAAAGAAGAAGAAUGAGGACGGUCUUGGGUGGUGGUGACGCCAGUGUAGCGAAUGAUAGAGACUCCGAUCAUGAUGAUUUAGACUUUGAAGAAGAGUUUGCCGACGAUGAAGAGGCUCCUAUAAUGGAUGGGGAUGAAGAAGAAAAUAAAAUGUCAGAAAAGAAGAUAAAGAAAGAAAUGUUGAAAGCAGCUCAUUUGAACGCUGAGGACGAUGCCGAUGUUGACGACGAUUUGGACGAUCUUUUUGAGACAGAGAAAUCUAGAAAAGUUGACAAGGAAGGUAAGAAGUUGAUGAAAGUUUUAAACAAGAGAGAGGGCGGUAUUUAUGAUAGCGAUGAUGAGGACCGAGAACUUUUGCCAUAUUUAUCAAAGUCCGACUUAGAGAGUGAGGAGGACAGUGAGAAUGAAGUACAAGUAAAGAAAGAGAAAACCGAGGACGGUAAUAGUACCGAACCGACGAUGACAACAACAACAACAACAACAACAAAUGCGACUACUGCAAAUAGAUCAUUUGGACGACAAAUUAGUGCAACGUACCUUGGUGACGGAUUUGUUGUUGUGACUGCACCAAAAGAAUUUCUAAGUACGUUGCCACCAGGCGAUUGGUCUCCAAGCAUCAGAAAGCGGCCAAGCCCUGAUAUUGCAUCACCAAAGAAAAAAAUCAAAUUGGAAGAUGGGAACAAUACUAUUGUAAAAAUAAAGAAGGAAGCGUCCCCCGUGUCAUCAACCCCAGGCUCUCCACUUGGUCAAACAGGCGCGGGCGAAGAAUUUGAUUUAAACGAUGCGGGACCAGACAAUUUAUUGGUUACCGUGAAAGAUGUAUUGGAUAUAGUAAAAGAUCAACCACUCACGACCAAAGAGUUAUUAGUUGGGUUGAAGAUUAGGGUUAACGCGCAUCCAAAUAAUAAGCAACGAAUUAUUAGGAUUGUUAAACAAAAUUUGAAGUUAGUGGACGGUAAACUAGCACUCAGAGAGUGA